AUGGGCCCACGACUGCUUCCCCGUGUCGAGGCAUUCGGUGCCAUCGCCGCGGUUUUGUAUGGCUCCGUUGCUCUGAAUACACAGGUGACAUUGGCGGACAACUUCGACCCUCUGGACUAUGUCGAUCCUUUGAUCGGGACAGCCAAUGGAGGCCAUGUUUUCCCCGGCGCAACAUUACCCUUUGGCAUGGCCAAGGCUGUGGCCGAUACAAUCGGCGAGAAUCAGGCGGGCUUCGCCUUUGAUACGACUGUCGUUUCUGGAUUCUCACACAUGCAUGAUUCGGGCACUGGUGGUUCACCUUCUAUGGGAAACUUUCCCAUAUUUGCCCAGCCAGCGUGUCCGAACGAUGAUCUCAACCAAUGCAAAUGGCAACUCAACGAUAGAGCCUCGACAUGGAAGAGAGACUCGCCAAAGGCUCGCCCCGGAUACUUUGGCAUAUCCCUCGACAACGGUGUUCAUGCCGAAAUGACAACAACCAAUCGCUCGGCACUAUAUCGCUUCACCUUCGAUGAGACUUCGGCUGACGCGUUGAGCCCUGUGAUCUUGGUUGACUUGAUCGAUCUGCCACAGUCAAGAACCAAUGGUACCGCCGAUGUGAACAAAUCAACUGGCCGACUGACCGGCAAUGGCACAUUCAAUCCCAGCUUUGGAAUCGGAAGCUAUGAUCUUCAUUUCUGUGUCGAUUUCAAGGGUGCUGAACUUCGUGAUACCGGCGUCUGGAAUAAGAAUCGCGCAAAUUUCAGCCGCGAGACCGUUACUCUCGCAGCUGAUGGAACCAACACACCAGCAACACUCUCCGCUGGUACAUUUGCCCGAUUUCAUGCACCCAAGAACAAUACUAUACUCGCUCGUGUCGGUGUGAGCUUCAUCAGCGUUAACCAAGCAUGCGUAAAUGCAGAGCGAGAGCAGCCUGACUUCGACUUUGAAGGAUCAGUCUCUGCCGCUGAGGCUGCUUGGAGAAAGAAAUUGGACGUUAUUUCCGUUGAUGCGGAGGGAGUUUCCGACGAUUUGCAAAAGGUCUUUUGGAGCGGAGCCUACCGCGCCAUGAUCAGCCCCCAGGAUUAUACUGGCGAAAACCCCCUGUGGAAGAGUGAUGAGCCGUAUUACGACAGUUAUUACUGCAUUUGGGACUCAUAUCGCAGUAUCCACCCUCUGUUGACUUUGGUCGAUCCUCUUUCACAGUCCCUAAUGCUGCGAAGUCUGAUUGAUAUCUACCGCAACGAAGGUUAUCUACCUGACUGCCGCAUGUCACUCUGCAAGGGGUUCACCCAGGGCGGCUCUAAUGCCGAUGUUGUGGUGGCUGACGCUUACCUGAAAAAGAUUCCAGGUAUCGAUUGGGAUACUGCCUAUGAGGCUGUGGUCAAGGAUGCGGAGAUCGAGCCGGCCAACUGGAAUGUCGAAGGCCGCGGUGGCCUGCACAGCUGGAAGAGCCUCGGAUACAUCCCGACCGACGAUUAUGAUCCUGACGGUGUUGGAACACACACUCGGAGUAUCUCUCGCACGGUCGAGUACGCAUACAAUGAUUUCUGCAUUGCUGAGAUGGCACACGGCAUGGGCCACAAGGAAGAUUAUGAGAAGUACCUUGGACGCUCCGGAAACUGGGUGAACAUGUACAAAGCAGACCAAAAGUCUAGUAUCCAGGGCGCUGACACCAACUUUACCGGCUUCCUGCAACCUCGCUACACAAACGGGACAUGGGGAUACCAGGAUCCAAUCUUUUGCAGCCCCCUGCUCAACUUCACGUCCUGCUAUCUCAACCCUGACGGCCACGAGACGUAUGAGGGAAGUGCUUGGCUCUAUACUUUCUAUGCACCUCAUGACAUGGGAUCCCUUGUUCAGACUCUUGGUGGUGCUGAGGAAUUCGCGAAGCGCCUGACUUAUUUCCAUGAGUCUGGCCUUCUCUAUGUAGGUGAUGAGCAGGCAUUCCUACCGGUCUACCAGUUCCAUUAUGCUGGAAGGCCCGGUCUGUCUGCCAAGUACAACCACUUCUAUAUUCCCUCACAAUUUAACACCACUGUCGCUGGUAUUGCGGGUAACGACGAUAGUGGAGCGAUGGGAUCAUAUGUGGUCCUGAGCAUGAUGGGUCUCUGGCCAGUCCCUGGCCAGGAUGUCUAUCUGAUUACGCCCCCGUACUUCAAGGAAGUGAGCAUUCGCAACGGCAUCACAGGCAAACUAGCGACCAUUCGCAAUGUCAACUUUGACCCCAGCUACCAGUCCAUUUAUAUUCAGAGCGCCAAGCUGAAUGGCAAGGAAUGGACUAAGAAUUGGGUUACGCACGACUUCUGGACCGAAGGAGGAGUCCUAGAGCUAACUCUGGGAUCCGAAGAGAGUGACUGGGGCACUAAGAUGGAGGAUCUUCCCCCCUAG